UGUGUGAUGCCUACUAGCGCCGCCUGGAUUUGUCUUACUAACUAAUGUGCUUGGACCAUGAAUGAGACCACGUGAAACAAAUAACAAUAACCUAUGAAAAGAUUUUUUAAAUGAACGUUAAUAAUUAAGAAUAUUAAUGUACGUGAAGUAAUGCAAUAUUAAUGUAAGUGAAGACAUCGAAAUUUAAAUAUAUAUAAAAUGGCUCUUUCAAGAGAAUUACUGAAACGCUUAAACUUGGAUGAAGAACCUUUACAUAAACGUUUGAAAUUGGCAGAAAAUGCUUUUCAUAAUAUCGAUAUACCAAUAAUUCGCAAAGAAGAUCUAAUUCUGGGAUGGCUUUGUAAUUGUAAAACACAUUCUACGGAUCAAAAUGUUUGGCUCUCUCUGAAGAGUUGUUUAAAAGCCACGCAUUUCGAUGUUAAGGUUGAUGUAAAAAAAUUCUUGAUUAAUGUUCUUGUAGAAAAAUUACAAGAAGACAUUGAAAGUGUACACAGUGAUAUUUCUGAAUGCUGUGAAUUAUUGAUUUCCAAUAAUGGAAUGCAACAAUAUUUCAUUAGCAAUCCAAAAGAUUUGGGGGUUUUAGUAAAGUCUUUAUUGAAUUAUGUAUUUAAACUUUAUAAACGUACCUUCAAUAUCGAUGAGCAUUCAAAAGAAGGUAUCGAUGUAACUUUAAUUAAUGAAAGCAAUGGAUCAAUAUCGAUAACGUAUAACAUAAUAAUUAGUGUUAUAGAAAAUAUAAUACAAAUGUUUAAAUCGACUCUUGCUAAUAAAGAUACAUUAAGAAAUAUAUUCAUACAGGAUAUUUUGUAUCCUUUAUGUUCUAUAAUUGAUCAUAAAUGUACCAAUAGUAUAAACAGAUUAGGAGCAGUAACCCAUAAAUGUAUUCAACAAUUAAUAUUUGGAAGAAAACAUACACAAAGUGAAACAUAUCUAAAGGAUGAAAGUAAAUUGGUAGAUUUAUUAUUUGUUUUAACUGAAAAUGCAAGAACAAAAGAUCUACAAAGUAAUUUAACAACAUUUGGUUUUAUUUUUCGUGCUGCGAUAGGUGUUUUUAAAUCAAACAGCAUUGUAUUGGAUUUAAUACUGCGAGAAUUAGUAGAAUGUGCUGGAAUGCAUAAAAAACAAAUCUUGAAUUCUCUUUUAAAACAUUUAAAUGACAUAGCACUUGAUUUUGAAAAUAAAAUACGUGGAAUCACAUUGUUUGAGUAUUUCCAGAAUGCGAUAGACAAUAUUUUAUUAAGCGAAAGUAUGAAUCGCGUAGAUUAUGAAAUUCUUACGCAAUUAUGUUAUCUGAAUCCUCUCAUAAUAGAAAGAAGGAUUCAAGAUAUACUGAGAAAAGUAUUUGCAGAAAGUCCAACAAAUACAAAUAUACAAUAUACAAAUUUAAUGAUUGCCAUUCUAAAUGCUACUAUACAUUUGAGGCAAGAGAAAAAGUUAAUUUCAGCCAUAUUAAUAGCUGUAAAAUAUUCUUCGAAUCAGAAUUCAAAUAUGAAACAUAAUAUGUUUUUCCCACAAGAAUUCAAAGAAACGUUUUUAAAAUCAUUGAAUAAUAUCACAGUUUCGCAAAGUGUAUCUAUGUUAAGGACACUGGUGUAUUAUUUAAGAAAUGAUUGUAUGGAAGUACUACAAUCAAGUAAUACAAAUGAUACGUGUAUAAAUAUUGCAAUAAUGCAAGCAACUGUUGAUUUACUAGUUACAUUUUUAGAUGGUUUAUGUAUUUUUGAAUACUCGAGAAUGUUAACUUCCCAUCAAAAAUUUAUAAAUACAUUUGACGAUUUAGGAAAUAUUUUAUCGCUUCUAACAGACGAAAUUUUACAUUUGAAUCACAAUAAGAAAAUUAUUACAAUAUUAUUAUCUGCAAUAUUUUCAUGGAAUGAAACGCACAGCGCACUGAAAUAUUAUGUGCCAAAUGCUAUUGCACAAGAGUUAAGAUUUCCCAUAUCACAAGUUCAGUGGCAACAAUUGUUUCAAAGAAUUACAAAUUUUGGUGAAGAUAGUUGUAAAAACAGCAUGAAUAAACUUGUUUUACAAAGAGUUAAAAUAUCCCAACAUACUUUAAACGAGUCUUCCAUUAAAUUUAAUAGUUUAUUAGGUGGCUUGGAAUUCUCUUGGCCCUCUAUAUUGAAACUUAAUACAGAAAUAAUAUCGUUUUUAACUAAUAAAGAGAUGUCGAAAGUGACACAUUUAUUAGUAACAGAUAUGACUUCCAGCAUGGAUAAUUUCUGUGAAUGGACAGAAGUAUUACAUAAAGACAGCUUACAAGAAAACAAGAAAUUCAUAAUAUCUUUAUUGAGUUGUGUUAUUUCACGAAUUGCGCAUUUGACGAUAGAAGGAGUAACAAAAUUGAUGCAUAAACAUUUUGUUACAGCAAGUAAAAUUUUACUGGAAGAUGAAAGUGUUGAAAACCAAAAAGUAAAUGAAAUAUUAAUGUGUAUGAAAGAAGAAUUAUCGAAAGAUAAAUGGAUACAAAUUGAUAGUGCAUCGUUGUGUAAAAUAAAAAUGCACUUGGAAAUAUUACUUUGUAUACCUUUGAUGUUCUUGAAUACUUGUAUGAGAUCGAUAACAUUUAUAAUCAUAUUUGCCCUCAGGAGAGAAUGCGGCAAAAGUAAUGAAAUAAUUUCCUUAUGCGAUAUAAUAUUUUCAGAUCUCUUAGAAAUGCCAGGUCCCGAUAUGUUUCAAUAUAUAAACCCUUCUUUGCUAAUAGAUCAAUUACCACAAAAUCGAAAUGUUCAGAAAGCUGUGGUUCUAUCUCUUAGAAACAAUGUAUCGCAUAUGAUGUUAAAAACACUUAUAAAGUCUUCCAUACAUUCUAAGAAAAACUUGUGUUUUUUAUUAAAAUGUAUAGAACGUGUCAAAUCAAAAUUAAGUAUUGAUCAAAAAAUAAUAGUUAGAGAAGCAGAGAAAAAAUUAUGUAAAACAAUAAUAAAAACGUUACCGUUAAAAAUCACGGAAACAGAUGAUGUGAAAAUAUUAAGUAUAAUAUUAAAAAUUAGUAUUAUUAAUAAACAUAUCGAUGAAAAAGUAAAACAUAUAGCAGAGCUAACGCUUCAUAACAUAUUCUUGGAUGAUACUGAUAAAAAUGAAUUGUCGAAGGAUGGUUUAUGUUUAGCACUUGUGGUUCUUCAUAAUCGAAAGAUAUUUAAAGUGACAAAUGAAAUUGUAAGAGGAAUAUGGUGUUCUCUAUUGAAGCAUCCGUCUACAGAUGUACUUCUACCUUUAUUAGAAUCAACAGAACCACAAGAAUUUCAUGACUUUCUUGAGCAUUUGCACGAUCAAAUGGUAAAAUUUCUUUCAAAUACAAAAGAAAAUGAUCUGGAUAAUGUUUGCAUCAUAUGGAAUGCUAUAUUAAAAACGAAUAUGUCUGGUAAUCGAAAUAAAUUGCGCUUAACGGCAAUUAAUAAAUUAAUACAAACAAUACAAAUUGUAACCAUACCAAACAAUCUUUGGUCAAGUCUUUUAAAAUUACUUCAAAAUAUUCUUGCUACUAAACAUUUAUAUCUUUCUGGUAACGUGAUCGACAUGAGCAUAUGUUUUGGUUUAAAGUCAUUGCAAGAAACAACAAUAUUGACGUGUAAAGAUACGUUGACGCUAUGUAACAUACUUUUAAAAAUGGGAACAAGUUUAAUCACAGAUAGACUGCCUAUGUUACUGAUAUUAUAUAAACGUAUAUUAAAAGUUGUCGUACAUAAAUCCAAGGCUGUAAUCGAUAAAUCUGAAGAUCACAUAUUCAAAUGUCUUGCAUUGGAUGCAGAAAAAUUUACAAGUUCCUUGAUAAAACUGAAAAAAGAUAUGAUUCGAUUAUGUCCAUACUUAAUAGCGGAUUUGUUGGAAUUGUUUUCAGAAGUUUCGAUAGCUGAUUUUGUCAAGAUUUCUAUACAGAAUUGUAUACAUUCGUUAAUUAGUAUAUGCGAUCAACAUGCAAUUGCUUUCUUAUUUCGGACACUACCAGUUUCGCUGCAAGAAAUUUUCAAGAUGCAGUUAGACGUCUUUAACAAAUUUUAUAAAUUUUCUGGAAAGAUUUAAUUACUAAACGAAGAAACAACUUGGACUAUACGUUUUCUGCUCGUUCGAUAUUGAAGAAAUUAUUACUGUAUCUUCGUUAUUUUUGUUCGUAAAUGACGUAUGUUUGCGUGAUGCAUUUCAUAUUAUAAUAAAUUUGAACAUUUUCCAAAGAAGAAAACGAGACAAACACAUCGGCAAAUUUCAAAUUUAUUCGAAGCCUAGGGUUUUGCCAAUCUCUACUGAUCUCCACCAAUAAGGAGCCAAAUUAGUAGCGCCGUCAGCGGAGAAACGAUGAAACAAUUAUGUAAUCGAAGCGUCCAACUUGAAAAUGCUGUUGUCUCUUAUAAGUUAUAUAGUUAGAGUUCAUGUAAUUCCAUGGAAACUACAUUUACACUUCGUUAAAGUUCGUGAAACAGGGUUAUCAUUUUAAAUAAUGCGAUUUUCCAACAUACCUAAGGAUCAAAUUUAUUUAACUGUUGUAUUAGGAUGUAUUACCAGUUACUUUGUGUGGGGUCAACCUUUCAAACUUUAUAUAAAGGAACAAAUUACUAAUAAUAACUUAAGCGAAGAACUCCGUAAUGACGAAAGUUAAAAAAAGAUGGGUGCCACUUCCAGUAAGAAUCGUAAUUGGCGUAACGGCUUUUAUAGGAUUUUCUCUUUAUUACAAGCCGGGGGUAUUAUCAUUCGUUAAACAGAACAGAUAUAGACAAGCCGAAGAAUUUGCAGAUAUAGUUUAUGAUAAAUACAAAGAAAGGGAAAAUGUAAAUAGAAAAUGAAAUGUGUGUAAAGUUUUUCAGCAAAUAUAUAUAUGUUUGAUGAUGCUUGCAUCAAUUAUUAUCUACAAUAUUAUGUAUUGCAUAUAUGAAUAUGUAUAUCUAUUUAAUAAAUGAUACAGCUAAUAAUUA